GAGAGUGCGGAACUGAAGCAAAUGGUGAUGAGCCUGCGGGUGUCGGAGUUGCAGGUGCUGCUGGGCUACGCUGGACGCAACAAGCACGGACGCAAGCACGAGCUGCUGACGAAGGCCUUGCAUCUGCUGAAAGCUGGCUGCAGCCCUGCAGUGCACAUGAAGAUCAAAGAGCUCUACCGACGACGCUUCCCAGCUAAAAUGGUCUCCCACUCAGAACUGGCCCUUCCCGGCCCACACCACCCGGCCACGGCGGGGGUCGUUGGAGGAGGAGGCGCCGCGCUACCUGCCGGCCUGACCCAACUGGCGUAUGAGGGCCACGGUGGCGCCCCGUCGCCCGCUGCCUUACUGCCCCUUUCUCUGCUUGGACCCGGGAAGCAUGAGCUGAGCGGACUGACGCACCACCUUCCCACAUCGGCCACACUACACCCGGUCCACCCAGACGUGAAACUCCAGAGGCUGCCCUUCUACGACAUGCUGGAUGAGCUGAUUAAGCCCACCAGUCUAGCAUCAGACAACAGCCAGCGCUUUCAGGAGACAUGUUUCGCCUUUGCAUUAACGCCACAGCAAGUCCAGCAAAUCAGUAGCUCAAUGGACAUCUCGGGGACCAAAUGUGACUUUUCUGUUCAAGUUCAGUUGCGGUUUUGCCUGUCAGAGACAAGCUGUCCUCAGGAAGACCAUUUCCCACCUAAUCUGUGUGUGAAAGUCAACGGGAAGCCAUGUAACCUACCGGGUUAUCUUCCUCCUACCAAAAACGGCGUGGAGCCCAAGCGGCCCAGCCGGCCCAUCAACAUUACCUCACUGGUCAGACUGUCCACCACAGUCCCCAACACCAUUGUGGUGUCGUGGACCGCAGAGAUCGGACGGAGUUAUUCAAUGGCAGUGUAUCUGGUGAAGCAGCAGUCGUCCACAGUGCUGUUACAGAGACUACGGGCCAAAGGCAUCAGAAACCCAGACCACUCCAGAGCACUCAUCAAGGAGAAGCUAACGGCAGAUCCAGACAGUGAAAUAGCCACGACCAGCCUCCGAGUGUCUUUACUCUGCCCGCUGGGGAAAAUGCGUCUGAUGAUCCCGUGUCGGGCGCUGACAUGCUCCCACCUGCAGUGCUUUGACGCCACGCUUUACAUCCAAAUGAACGAGAAGAAGCCCACCUGGGUGUGUCCCGUCUGCGACAAGAAGGCCCCGUAUGAACACCUCAUCAUCGACGGGCUCUUUGUGGAGAUCUUGAACAGUUGUAUGGACUGUGAUGAGAUCCAGUUCAAGGAGGAUGGCAGCUGGGCCCCCAUGAGGUCUAAGAAGGAAGUGCAGGAGGUGUCGUCUGCUUCAUAUAAUAACGGACUGGAUGGUUCCUGUCGAACAUCCGCUGGCUCAGAUCAGCGGAGCUCCUCGUCAUCCAGCCACGGCCACGACGGCAGCAACAGCAAGAAAGUGGAGGUGAUCGACCUGACGCUGGACAGCUCCGAUGAUGACGAGGAAGGACAAGAUUCGCCGCCUCCGCCGCCGCCGCCACCACCUCUGCCUCUGCCGGCCAAAAGAGCGUGUCCGUCUAUGUCGCCCACAUCACCGCCCGCCAUCAACAAAGGAGUAUUGAACCUGCACCAUCAGGCCUCUCCUGUGAGCCGCACUCCCAGCAUGCCUGCUGUGGACACCAGCUACAUCCCUCCUGUGCCGCCGCUCAUCCAGGACUACAGGCCAUACUACCACACCCCCAACGACCUGUCAGAGUUGAACUUCUUCUCUUUUCUUCAAGGCGACAAUCAUCAGCAUUACAACAUGGUCAUGGCAGCAGCAGCCGCCGCCUCCGCCUCAGACGACCACGAGCUGCUCCUCAACCGUUUCCUCCCCUACAGCUCCUCCUCCUCCUCGCAGUUAUUCCUUGACCAAUCAGGGGCCCCCUCGGCCUCCUCGCUGACCGCACCGACCAACGGGGCCAGCAACUCCGGCAGCAGCAGCAGCAGCCUGGUGUCGUCCAGCAGCCUUCGCGACUCUCAUUCGUCGUCGCACUCGUCCACACACUCGGGCUCACACUCCUCACACGCACACCCCGGGGCGGUGGCCGGUCGGAGCAGCGCCGAGGCGGCAGUGGCAGCUAUUUACGGCGGGAUACCAGACGUCAUAUCGUUGGACUGACUGGAGAGGAGCCGGGACUUUGUCUUGAGUCCAGCUACGAUCCGGUAACAAACUGACUGCAGGGUAAGGUUCUGAUCCAGACUGACCCAAGUCAUCCGACUCAGAACAUUUGGGAAGUGAUAAUGACAAGACUGUGUGGAGACGAGCACUAGGAUGAAAAACAGCAGGCCGGAGGUCCCUUCACUAGACUGACCUUAGAUCAGAAAUCUGUUCAUUAUCGGGGCCUCGGACCCACAUGAACGCUUCACUGGCACAAGCGGCACAGACCAUACUUGAGCAAAAACACAAUGGAGGAAAGCUCUUUUUUACACAGAUGAAGAGUGGCACCGUGUACAGAGAACAAAAUCUAUUUUCCUCUUUUACUUUUGUAUGUUCAAUGGGGACAUUUUCAGUCUAGUGAGCUGCUUUAAUUGCUGUUUUGAAGAGGAGGGCUGAGGUUGUUUUCUCCCACUCUAAGCUUUUACAUUAGACCUGUUGCCAUGAACAUGUUUUUCCUCCCCUCUAACUUUACUUUCUCCCUAUCUCUUUCUCCUCUUUGUAAAACCACGGUGUACUUUUUUUCUUUUGAAUGAUAAGAGCUAUUGAAUGGUUUAUUCACAUACUAAUAGUUGUGUUAUGUAUAAUAUUUAAAAGUUACAUCUACAUAUUCCCUUAAACUUUCAGGUUAAUGCUAUGAGUGCGUAGUGUGUACAUGGAAAUGAGCCAUCGCUGGUUUUUCAUUUUCACCUCCUUAGAAAGACUUCCAGUGACAUCACAUCUAGAUGCCAGUCUUUCUCGAGCUUCAGAUUUGCCAAUUUAAAGUUUUGAGCCAGUAGAAUAUGUUUUGUUUCUUUUUGCACAAUGCCAAAAAUAACUUGCGGUACCUAUGACAACGAUCAGAAUCAUCAGAAUGAAGUCGAGUUGGUGUGCCGCUGUGUUUUCAGUUUCAGCUCGUGUGUGUCAUGUCUUCUCUGACUCACCUGACAAAUUUUGAUGCGCGUCUUGUUUUGUGGAUGUGUACAAACAGAGGCGUACGUCAUGUGCUGUUGCUGUGCUGGAAUUACUGACCAAUGCUUCAACUAGUGCCUGUUGGUGUGGAUGCGUAGGAGUAGAGGGUGA